AUGGUUUGUCUAUACUGCGACCAUCCACGUGACAGAUGCUUGUGCAGGUCACCGGCACAAAAGUGCUCGUGCUGCGAGCAGCCCGUGGAUGUGUGCCUGUGCGAGGACCGGAAGACUUUUUCCGAGGGUAGACCGGUCCUGACUGAGCCCGAUAACGAUCGCACCAUGUACGUAACCGCGUGGAAGCCACGGGAGGACGUGAGACGUUACUUCGCCAGAAAUCUGGAGGAUCAUCGACGGAAUUCUAUCAACGAGUGCCGCUGCCACGAGAAGCUCAAGUCACAGAACUCCGAUGACCUCCCUUAUCAGCGGCUGAGUUGCUUCUCGGACGUGAUGAACGAGUUACAGCAGAAGAUGAGCGAGUCGGUGUGCUGUACACAGUGCGGGAAGAUCCCCUGUUGUUGUAACAACAUCAAGGUCGACGAGGGAAUAGACGAGAGGAAGAUAAAGUAUUGCGUCAGCCCGAAAACACGACGGAAGGUUGUGGCUGUGUGCGUGGAGAAACCCAGAAGCAAAUCCCCAACGGUCUGCAAGUGCGAGCCUCAGACGAGAACCGAGAGACAGAAGAAGAUAGUAGUCUGUUGCCUUUGCAAAUCGUUACCGUGCAGAUGCAAAAGGUCAAAGUCGAGGGACAAGAAACCAAAAAUGAAGUGUUACUACUGCAAGAACUCGCCCUGCGUCUGCGCUACAGCGCGAGAACGCGGCAAGCCGAGGCUGUGCAGGUGUGCUGAUUCACCUUGCCGCACGAAAGAAAAGGAAAUCGCGCCGUGUGGAAAAACAUCCACGAAACCGAAGAACAACGAGGAAAAGAUCAUUUGUGUCCGUUAA